UUUUUUAAACGCGUCUCGUGUUUUUUUUGUCAUUGCAAUUACUACAACUAUACAUACAAAAAAAAGGCUGUAGUUGAUGGUUGCCGUAUUUAUAUAACUUUGAACUUCAACUUACCCUUCGCUAUAGCUGCUGUAUUUAUCUCCGAUUCAGACUAGGAAGUUUCCUAGUUACAUUAACUUAGAGCCAGCGAUACAUAAUUUAAACCUCCAAUAACUAAUCCGAUCACAUUAGUUUACUUUUUUUUUUCAGAAUUUUUACAACCAAACACAAAUUCAAUCUAUACAAUCAUUUCCACGCAAAAUGUUUGACAAACUAAAGAUAUUCCAACCACGAGCGGUCUCAUCUAAGGAAACAGACCGUUCACUAUUUUCUGAUGAAAAUUCCAGAGUUAAAUUGAAACGAAUAAAACCUUACAUCCACAACUCCAAUAGGCAACCAGUGGAACGACUCAAUAAUAUUCCCCUACGUUCCAACACUGAGCCAACACCCUUGCGUGAAUCAAUUAUACUCGACCCAAGACUCGUCCAAUCAGUCUGUGAUGAAGUUGUUGAGGAUAGUGAAGAGGAAGUCUCUGAGUUGGUUAGCUCCCUGUGUUUACCAUCAAACCACACCAUUGAGACAAGUAUACCUUGGAACUCCCAGAAACUACCAGACGAGCAAAUUUCAUCGCAAUUAUCAUGCAUCAGUAACGACAAUUUCCAUGCUGAGGAUCUAGCGGCAAUGCCUAUAGAUAGUGAGCUCGAAUUUUAUACUUCACAGCCCCAGAUCGGUUUCCUGCAGGCAGUAUCCGAUGAUGAUGAUGUUUUACUACUUGAAGAUACCAUACAUGAAGAAGAAGAAAAGGGGGAGGAGUAUGAUGAAUAUGAUGAGAGGUUUGAGAAUAAUAUACAAGAGAGUGAUGAGUCAUCGGAAGAGUUUGACAAGCAUGAUAUAUUAGGCGCAAUACAAAAUUCAGAACUAUUGUCACCUAUGGAUGAUGAGAUUGAUUUUAACAUUGAGGAAAUAUUGGAAUGCUCUACCCAAUGCGAUUUACUGCUAGAAGAGGAAGAAGUAAAAUCUACAGAAGUUGUAGAAGCAGUGAAGUCUGCGGAAGUUGUGGAAGUAGUGAAGUCUGCGGAAGUUGUGGAAAUAAUGCAUGAACAGAAAUCAGAAGCUGAGGUACAAAUUGACAUUCCACAGCAAGAGCACAAUGCUAGCACUUCCACUCAAAUAGAUUCAGAUGAACUAGAAAGUAAAACACCGCCACCAGGAUCAAAGCCUGCACGAAAACGUCUUGCAUCCAAACCGCUUUCGUCCCUUUGCAGUUCAAAUCAACCUAGGUUUAGAGUGGGUUUGUCUAAACGGGUCAAAAUAGAUUCAUUGCAUACUUAUUUGAAAAAGGGUAAAUGAAAGCAAUUCGCUAGAGAAAUUGAAGAAAUUAUUUAUUUGCAUUAAUAUGUUUUAAUUUUAUCAAUAUGGGGAUAAUUAUAGAUAUUCCCAUUAUGGUUUAAUAACAAUUUGUAAUCGUAAACACAAUCUACUCUAUCAAACAAAUUAAGGAGCCAACAAUAUCUUGACAUCCUUCUUGGUAUUAGCCAAAUGCGAAAUAGCAUCGACUCCCUCUUCCAAGUUCUUCUUGUCUGAGAUCAAUAACAGAACUUCCUUGGGGUCAAGCACACCUCCUUCAAAUGCCAGUAUGAUUUCUUUAAAAUCUUCACGGACAUAAGAAGUACUUCCCUUAAAUAUGCAUUCAUGUUUAGUCAAGGUCAUGGGCCAUUGUCUAACUGUUUUAUCUGCAGACAUUGUUAAAUUAGUAGCCACUCCUCCGGGUUUAACACAUGAUAACAUGGUAUCAAAGCUAUCUCUUCUUCCAGAACAAUCGUAGACAUAAGAAUAUCCUAGGUUUUCUUCGCUAAGUUUAAUGAGAUCAUCAGUUGAAUUGGUUCGAUUUGUAGGAUCAAAUACUUUUGCACCCAACUUUUCUGCAACUUCUCGUCUUGUCUGCUCCGGUUCACUAACCACAAUCUUAUCGACAUUCUGUCCACGUAAUGCCAAUACGGUGGAAAGUCCAAUUGGUCCACCACCAAUCACCAAUGCCGAACGAUCAGCUGGUUUCUCUUCGGUUAUUCUUGAAGUUCUCACACCAUGCCAACUAACUGCAAGUGAUUCCAUUAAAGUAGCUACAUCAGGAGGAAUUAUAUUCUCAGGGUAUGGAACCACAUGGGCAUCUCCCACAACUAAAUAUUCGGCCAUACCUCCAUCACUAAACCCCAAACCGUAAUAUCCCUUUUUCUGACAACAGUUGUAACAUCCUUCAGCACAGGCAUCACAUAUUGAUGUUUCAUUCUGUUCCAAGAUUUUCUUAUCAUGACAAUGUCCAUUAGCUUCUAAAACCACAUAUUGCCCCACUUUAAGAUCCUUGACCUCGGGUCCGACUUCUACAAUCUUUCCCAGUACUUCAUGACCCAUUACUUGUCCCUUUUUCUUCUUUUUCGAAAGAGGGUCUACUUCAUCUUUGAAAAAUACCGAGUCCUUAUAUUCUUUUACAUCAGGACUACAGAUCCCCACGUAUUUGACCUUGAUCUUAACAUCAUGAGGAUGGACUAUUUGUGGUUCUUGUCUAUCCUUGACAAAUCUGAGAUUUCCAGGACCAUGAUAUUCAACCGCCUUCAUUUUAGUAAAGAAAUUUUUUUUUAAAAAGUUUUAUAAUGACAUUACAAGA